AUGUCAUCUGAUAAUUUGCGAUGGCUGAAUGGAAACGGCCCCCAUUCUCUACAGCAUGGCGUUUCCUUUGGAAUGCCUUGGCCCCGAGGUCUCUACUUUACUGGUCAGACAUUUGUGAUUACAAGUGGAGAUAGCCAAUCGCCUUUAGAUUCCAGAGAAAUCGCAUAUUGGGCUGAUGGGUCUCUUCGAUGGACCGCCCAUUCAGUAUGUGGUGAUAUCGACUAUCGCGAGGAAUAUGAAGUCAAAGGCGCACCACAUCCAAAGGAGCCUCUAAACGGUCUCACUGUUAAAUCCAAGGCUUCCCAAAUUUCAGUGAGAACGCAAAAGGGCUUUCACUUGAAGUUUACUUCGCCUGGCAGUCCAUCAAUUCUGGAGAGUCUUGAAGUCCAUGGGCAAAUCAUUUGCUCCAAUGCUACAAUUGUGGCUUCUAUCAAUGGAAAGCCUCAUACAACUCGCGUUGACGCGGUCGCAGUUGAAAACAAGACCUUCAAAAGGGCAGUCGUCAAAGUGAGUGGUGCGGUUAAGAGCGAUGGCGAAUCUCAUCUUCCGUUUGAUGUGCGAUUCUACAUUCACUCCGAUGCCUCGACACUCAGAAUAGUCCAUUCUUUUAUUCAUGACUUGGAUUCAAACAAUCCAUUAACGUCGCUGGGCCUUGAAUUUGCCAUCCCAUUGGGACAAACGGAACUACAUAAUCGUCAUGUUCGUCUGGGAGGUUCGAAUGGUGGCGUCCUCCGGGAAGAAGUCAAGGGACUCACUGGAUUGCGCCACGGCCCGACUAUCCAGAAUCGAGUUGAUCAAGCAGCUGGCCGAACAGUUACAUUAAAUGAAAAUGAGUGGACUCGGACAGAGCUUGCUAAGGGAUUAUCUUACAUUCCAUCAUGGGAAUCAUAUUCACUCACCCAACUCUCCUCGGAUGGCUUUACAAUCAAAAAGCGCACAAAGCCAGGAUGUUCUUGGGUCAAAGUCACCGGUGGGGGCCGAGCAGAUGGGACCGCUUAUAUAGGAUCGGCUCUUAAUGGAGGACUGGCAGUAGGCAUGUGUGACUUUUGGGAGCGCUACCCUACUCAGUUGGAUCUGAAUACCCUGGCGUCCGAUCAGGGAACGAUGACUGUUUGGCUGUACUCACCUUCGGCAGAGCCUUUGGAAACAACGCCAUAUCACGACGGACUGGGUAUGGAUACAUAUGAAAAGCAACUAGAAGGCCUGAAUGUCACUUAUGAAGAUUUUGAGCCUGGGUUCGCAUCCGCAAAUGGAAUCGGCAGAACUAAUCAAUUCUUUCUGAGACCAUUCACCUCUACCCCGUCAAAUGAUGAGUUCAGCAAAUUUUCGACUCUAGUUCGCGACCCUCCUCGCCUGGUCGCCACGUCUGAGCAUAUGUAUUCUGCAAGUGCAUUUCAUGGGUGCUGGGCUCCCAGUGCUUCAGUGACAGGAACUGAAAGCACGUCAAAGGAAGCCCAAAUCCAGCAGAAUCUGGAUCUUCUGUUCAAUUUUUACCAUGGUCAAAUAGAGCAGAACAGGUGGUAUGGUUUUUGGGACCACGGAGAUGUACAACAUACAUAUGAUCCCUAUCGACAUGCUUGGAGAUAUGAUGUCGGCGGAUUUGCCUGGGACAAUUCAGAACUCUCUACAGAUCUAUGGCUUUGGCUAUACUUUCUCCACACCGGAAGGGCCGAUGUGUUCAAAAUGGCGGAGGCGAUGACAAGACACACCGGCGAGGUGGACGUAUAUCACGCCGGAAAGCUCAAAGGCUUUGGUACUCGUCAUGGUGUUCAGCAUUUUAGUGACAGCUCAAAGCAGCUACGAAUAUCCAAUGUGUUAUAUCGGCGCAUUUAUUUCUAUCUCACUGGCGACGAGCGCACAGGGGACCUGAUAUCCGAGCUCCAACAAUGCCAAAAUACCUUGUUAACUUUGGACUCCCAUCGUAAGGUCCAGAAACACGCCGGUGUACCCGAAGGAUUUGCAAUGACAAAUAUUGGUCUAGACUGUGGCCCACUCGCAGCUUCAUGGCUGACUUCAUGGGAGCGACGCUCGGAAGGAUGGGAGAAUUCCAAAAACCUUUUGAUAAAGCUCCUCGACGGAGUAUCCGAGCUCAAGCACGGGAUCGGGAACAAUGCAAUCUUGUUGAAUCCAAAUACUGGUGACAUACAAGAAUGCCCUCCUCCAACUCCAGAAUGGGCGAUUUCGCAUUUAUCUAUGCUUUUCGGCUUUCCAGAAAUCUUCGCAGAAUUGAUUCACUAUGCUCGGAAUGAACAUCCAGAGACAGUGUCAAAAUUUAUCAAAGUCUACCUAUCGUACUGUCGAGCGUACAAUGGUGGCUCUAAGGUGCAACUUGAAGAAUUUGGCUUUGAGUUUCCAGCUCACGCUACUUGGAGACAAAGCCAUUCAACCCUCACAGCGUUUGCAGCCGUGGAGCAAGACAACAAUGACCUGGGCCGAGCAGCUUGGGACCAGUUUCUGAACACUGAUGGAUACAAAAACAGUCAUGAUUGGAGCAUCCUUAGAACUUCUGCUCCAGAAUACUUUACCGACGGAGAGGAAGCUGUGUGGGCAACUACUAAUGAAGUUGCUCGUUAUGGUGUAUCUGCAAUUUCAAACCUUGCAACCAUUAGAAAGUUUCUAUAG